UGAAGACCAUGUUGUGCUCAGCUCAUGCACUGCUCAACGAUGCUGAGGAGAAGCAACUUCGAAACCAGGAGGUCAGGAUGUGGCUUAUCGAGCUUCAAGAUGUGAUCUAUCAGGCUGAUGACUUGGUGGAUAGGAUUGACUAUGAAGCUCUGCGAUCCAAGCUUGAAGAUGAUCAAUCUAGCAGCAGCAGUGCCAGCAAGGUACUCAUGAAAUUUAUGCCACCCUUUCUGUCCACAUUUGAUAAAACUGUUAAGCUUGAUUCCAUGGAGAUACUUCGUAAGCUAAAGAUUCUUGUUGAUAAAAAAGAUGUUCUUGGCCUGAGAGAAGGUGCUCAGAACAAACCUUGGCCAAGGCGUUUAGCUCGUUUGGUAGAACAUGCUGAUGUUUAUGGGAGGGAUGCUGAGAAAAAAAUCAUUGUUGAUCAGUUGCUGAAAGAUGAUGUUGAUAGUGGUAGUAACAUUUCUGUCAUCUCGAUUGUUGGGAUGGGUGGUCUUGGCAAAACCACUCUUGCUCAAGUUGUUUAUGAAGAUGAUAGAGUACAAAAGUAUUUUGAGCUAAAAGUAUGGAUUACUGUGUCGGAUGAGUUUGAUAUUUUCAGGAUAACAAAAGAGAUCUUUGAGGGGGUCACCACCAACAAAUGUGGUACUGAAAACUUCGACGAACUUCGAAGGAAAUUGAAGGAAGCAUUGAGGGGGAAGAAAUUUCUCUUUGUUCUUGAUGAUGUUUGGAACGAGUCUUAUUCUUUGUGGGACACACUGAAGAGUUCUUUUGAGUUUGGAGCAAAUGGAAGUAAAAUUCUUGUGACUACCCGAAGCACAAUUGUCGCCUCUACUAUGGCCACUGGGAAGGUUCAUCAUCUACAAACUUUGUUGAAUGAAGAUUCUUGGCAGUUAUUUGUGAAAUAUGCUUUUGAAAAUAAUUUUGACCAGAAUAGCAACAAAGAUCUGCAAGCACUUGGUAGAAAAAUAGUGGAGAAGUGCAAAGGCCUUCCUUUAGCAAUAAAAUCUCUUGGUGGAUUACUGCGCUGUGAACAAAAUCCUAAAAAAUGGGAAGACAUACUUGGCAGUGACACAUGGGAGGAAUUGUACAAGAAAGAGAACUCCAUUCUUCCAGCUUUAUGGUUGAGCUAUCGUUACUUACCUCCACAUCUCAAGCAAUGUUUUGCUUAUUGUUCCAUAUUUCCCCAAGACUAUGAAUUUGACAGAGAAGUUUUGAUUUUGUUAUGGAUGGCUGAAGGGUUUUUGCCAAUGGAUUCAAAAAGUAAAAAGAUGGAGGAAUUUGGAAAGGAAUACCUUGAAGAUCUCUUAUCAAGGUCAUUCUUUCAAUGUUCGAGUAAGAAUGCAUCCUUUCUCCAAAUGCAUGACCUCAUGCAUGACUUAGCUAUGUAUGUAUCAAAAUAUUUUUGUUUUAACUUGGAUUUGAGCACUGAUUUUAUCAUUAGUCCAGGCACUCGUCAUUUGUCAUAUAAAAAGGGGAUUUAUGCUAUCAACAAAUUUACGGGCUUGUAUGAAGCCAAGAGCUUGCGUACCAUAUUAGCAUUACCAUUCCAACAAUGCUAUAUGCAAAAUGUAGUCCUGUAUGAUUUGAUGCUUACAGCAGGAAGUUGUUUAAGAGUACUUGGUUUAAACGAAUUUUCUAUGAAGGAGUUGCCCGAUUCAAUUGGUAAUGUAAAGCAUUUAAGGUAUUUGGACUUAUCUUUCACUGAAAUUAAAAAGUUGCCUGAUGCAGUUUGCAAAUUGUAUUAUUUGCAGACCCUUUUGUUGGAAUGUUGCACUAGACUUGCUACAUUGCCGGCGAAGAUAGGGAAUUUAAUCAACAUGCGGUAUCUCUGCACUCCCCCUUGCUUAAAGGAGACACCACUAAUUGGUAACAUGACAAGUCUAUGUAAGUUAAGUGAUUUUUUUUUUGAUAAGAACAUCAAGUCUGGCAUGAAGCAACUGCAAAGCCUGAAAAAUCUAUGUGGGACUCUCCACAUUUAUGGACUAGAAAAUGUUGCUGAUUGUAGAGAUGCUUUGGAGGCCGAGUUAAAAAAUAAGAUGUUUGUUAAUAAGUUGAUAUUGAGAUGGGGUAUUAAUCACGCAACCAAUAAUAGUAAAGAAAGAGAAGUACUUGGCCAACUUGAACCUCAUGCAAAUUUGAAGGAACUUGAAAUCCAUAACUACAAAAGUGCCACUUUCCCAGAUUGGUUUGGAUCCAAUUUGUUAUCUAAUAUGAUACAGUGA